AAGUAGGCAAACUUUUAGUAUAAAAAUACAAGUUGCUGUAUGCAUGCCACCAGUUAAAAAAAUCAAUCAUGGCUCGCUUUGUUCUACUUCUGGCUGCCUUAAUGGCAAUUGCCUGCUCCACAUCAGCCCAACCAAGCAGGGUUGUGUGUUAUUAUGGAAGUUGGGCGGUCUACCGCCCUGGAGAUGGAAAAUUCCCUGUUGAGAGCAUAGAUCCUCAUAAAUGCACCCACGCCGUUUACGGUUUUGUUGGCAUCAAUGCCGACGGAACCAUUAGGAUCUUGGACUCCUGGAACGAAAUUGAUCUCGGAGCAUUGAGGCGCUUCAACGAAUUGAAGAACCAGAACCCAAAUCUGAAAACACUCAUCGCCAUUGGUGGCUGGAACGAAGGAUCAACUGUAUUCAGUCAAGUCGCCGCCAGCGCCGAUUUGCGCCAAAGGUUCGCACAAGACGCUCUUCGUUUCAUCAGGGAGCACGGAUUCGAUGGAUUUGAUCUUGAUUGGGAGUACCCUGGACAAAGAGGAGGAGUACCUGAAGAUAAGCAAAAUGUCAAUUUGAUGCUCCAAGCUAUAAGGAAUACUUUCGAUGCAACUGGCCAGAAGUACUUACUCACUGCUGCUGUGGGUGCAGCUGAACGCUCAGCAUCUCAGUCUUAUGACAUUCCUGCGUUUGCCGCAAACCUUGAUUUCAUCAAUUUGAUGGCCUAUGACUUCCAUGGUGCUUUUGAUGGUGUAACUGGGCAGAAUGCUCCUUUGUAUAAUAACGACGACAUGAAUGUUAAUGCUGCCGUCCAAUAUUGGCUCACUCAAGGUGCACCUGCUGACAAACUGGUUCUUGGUAUUGGUGUUUAUGGCCGCAGUUUUACUGUCAGCGACCCAGGAAGCAUCGGUCAAAACAAUGGUAUUGGUCAUCAAGCCAGCGCAGGAAAUCCAGGACCUUUCACUAGGGAAGCUGGUAUCUUAGGCUAUAAUGAGAUCUGCCAAUUGAUUCAACAAGGCUGGACCCAAACUUGGAACGAGGAACAACAGGUUCCAGCUAUACACCAAGGUAACCAAUGGGUUGGUUACGACAACGAGCGUUCUAUCAAAUUGAAGGCCGAGUAUGCCGCUUCUAAGAAUCUUGGCGGUGCAAUGAUCUGGUCUAUUGAUACUGAAGAUGUCUUAGGCACAUGCGGAAGAACCUAUCCAAUCCUUUCCACCAUCAACGAAGUCUUUUUCGGAUCUUCCAAUGCCCACUAUUAAACGCCCACCGAACUCAGACCUCAGCACCUCAGUAGGUAGAAUUACUAGGAAAGUAAUAUUGCUGUACUCGUAUUAAUGUUAAAUAUAAAAUAAAGUUGCUUAUAAAGUAAA